AUGACCACAUCCAGCAGGCAGAGCUCUUCUACAUCUGUGGUCAACAACUUGGCCAAAAUAUUCGAUCCAAACGCUUUGCAGAACCAAGGGCCUGAUAAUGGAAUGGACCCCCCCCAAAUUCUUCAUGUUGCAAGCCGUGAUGUCAGCACACCUGAAAGUUUUAACAUCAUGGAUAUGAAGUUUGCCUCCCUUGAGCAGAAAAUAGAUAAGCUGUUGACUCUGCAAGACAAUGUCCUGAAGAAGCUCAACAGCGUUUCUCAAGAAAUCGGCUGCAUUGAAAAAGACAUUAAAAUUGUAAAAGCGGAAAGAUCUGAACCUGGACCAAGGACGGAAAGAAAUAAAAAUCUGAGAAGUAAUGAAAUGAAGAGGCUUUGCCUUAAAAUGCAAAAAUCUCUUUCUGAUAUAAACAGGAAUGCGGAGCGGCAGGUUAAAAGGCUAGAUGGACUGGAACAAAAUGUUUCUGGACUACAGAAGCUUGUAGGGCCUCUGGUUGAGAAGGUUAAAACAUUAGUAAUUCAUAACUCAAGUGUAAAACACCAUGUUCAAAAACGUAAACUUUGCAAGGCAGGUGAUUAUAGAAAAGAAGAUGGACAUCUUUUUAGGAUGCACAUUUUCUCGGAGACAACAGCUGCCGACCUGCUGAAGAUGAAAAAUGAAAAGCUCAUCAAGGAAAAGCUACAUUUGAAUGAGAAGGGAACAAAACAGAAGAAGCCACCAGAUUCAACAGAGGGGUCCAUCCAGAAGAGCCAGUCUUGCUCUCAGGAAGAAGAAGUUGACAAGCUCAACAAGGAAAAUGCCGAGACAGAAUGCUCUGUUCUGCUUCAAAUGGAUCCUCCCAGAUUUCAUACUGAAGGGCCAGAGGAGAAAGGAGAAACUUUGGCUUUUGAAAGCUGUUGCAAAGACAGGAGAAGCUCUGUUCAGAAAUUCUUCACUACAGAAAAGCAGCAAGAUGAGGAUGCUGUUGAUGCUACUUGUCAAAGGAUAACUGGGCAGGAGAUAGAGAGUGAGUCCCCGGGAGAUGGGGAGAGGAAGGAGGAACAUCAGGUGUCUGGAGAUGAAAGACAAGAGGAGAGGGAGAAUGAAGGGGAAGGAAAUACUGAUAAGAGUGAAAAAGAAGUUGAGGAACCACCAGCUCCUUCCCAAAAUGAAGAUGAGGAAGGACAAAGCCAUGAUCAAGAUGUACCAGAGGGAAGGUGUAAAGGCUGCGAAAAAGAUGACACUCCUACACCACCAGCACCCUUUGAUCACCGGAUUGUCUCAGCCAAAAGGGUGGGGAUCAGCAGUUACUAUAAUGUCAGCGAAAAUGAAAUCCUGGGAGGGGGACGAUUUGGUCAAGUGCACAAAUGUGAAGAGAAAGCAACAGGUCUCAAGCUAGCGGCCAAAAUUAUAAAAGCGAAAGGUCCUAAACAGAAGGAUGAAGUGAAGAAUGAAAUCAAUGUCAUGAACCAGCUGAAUCAUGUGAACCUUAUCCAGCUAUAUGAUGCCUUUGAAUCAAAAAAUGACAUUGUCCUAGUUAUGGAAUAUGUGGAAGGAGGAGAGUUAUUUGACCGAAUUAUUGAUGAAAACUACAAUUUGACAGAGAUGGAUACUAUCUUGUUCAUAAAACAUAUCUGCGAGGGAAUUCAGUACAUGCACCAAAUGUACAUUCUUCAUUUGGAUCUCAAGCCUGAGAAUAUCCUGUGUGUGAACCGAGAAGCAAAUCAAAUAAAAAUUAUUGAUUUUGGAUUGGCAAGAAGAUACCAACCCAGAGAAAAACUUCGAGUUAACUUUGGGACUCCAGAAUUUCUUGCUCCUGAAGUUGUGAAUUAUGAGUUUGUCUCCUUUCCUACAGAUAUGUGGAGUGUAGGAGUCAUUGCUUAUAUGCUCCUCACUGGAUUGUCUCCUUUUUUGGGUGAUGAUGACAAUGAGACCCUCAACAAUAUCCUGUCCUGUAGCUGGGAUUUUGAAGAGGAGGAAUUUCAAGGUGUUUCUGAUCAGGCCAAAGAUUUCAUCUCAAAGCUUCUCAUCAAGGAAAAAUGCUGGAGAAUGAGUGCAACUGCUGCCUUAAAACACCCAUGGUUAUCAGACCACAAGCUCCACUGCAGACUCCAGAAGAAGGCUAAAAGUGACGGUGUGUCUCGAGCACCCCCGGCUCAAUAACCUCUUAAAGAGCUGCCAAACAGAAGAAAAGCUGCUGUGUGGUUACUGCUGCUAAGAGAUUUGAAAAUAUCAGCAGUCUUGGUGCUUUACUCCCCUGCCAUGACCAAGACUUCUACUACAUGGACCAACAGCACUUUAGCUCCAGGACAAGUCCCAGCAUUGCUGAGCUGCUUCUUCUCUAUUCAGCUGUUGAAAGAAGGAAAGUAUUUCUCCAGGUUGUAGGAAGGUGUUUCUUCUGGACACCAUGUUCUUCAUGUCUGGGAGUGCUACAUUAACUUGGAUAAGGAAUUUUUCUCUAUCUUGUCUUACAUCCUGUUUUAUUUAUCAAAAGUUCCUUAUGGUUAAAAAAAAUUAUCAAGUUAAAUUGACUGCUUCUUAUCUCAGCCCAGAAGGCAGUCUCUCACUGUCUGUAGCCAAGGUUGAUUUGACACUGGAGUCAAAUAAUUAAAAAAAAAAAAAUUGCAGCCAGUUUAAAGCUGCUUUAUGUAGAAGAUAUCAAGUUUGUUUUUCCUGUCACACUAAAAUGAGCUAAGGAUUAGCUCAAUGAAAGUUAAAGCCAUGUUAAUGUAACACCAGUGGAAAUGAGAAAUGAGGCUUUCCUUGCACGUAGGUGAAUUUUCUGCAACCGUGUUAUGAUACAUUUUGGGAUUGUUUAGCCUGAUGAAUUACUGUUUGCUUUAAAUACACUUGGAUUAAUUAAACAAGAAAGGAAACAAGGCACUAUUGACUUGUACCCAUGCAGACUCUGUUCUCCAAUAUGCAAGUAUAAUUCAGAAUUAUUUUAACAGAGGGUGAUUUUACACCAGCUAAUUUGUUUAAUGCUGAUAGGACUGAUUAAGACCAUUGUCAAAGAGGAGAGUCAGUCCUCUGCUCAUUACAACCUCUGGGUACAGGCGCAAAUGAAAAUCCUCUGUUUUUCUAAAGUUUUC